AUGGCCUGCUGUUUGGGGUCUGUGCAGCUGCUGCUGCUGCUGCUGCUGGGGUCCUCGAGCUCCGCGGAACAAAACCACUGCUUGGACGCGGCCGAGGCGUGCACAGCAGACGCGCAGUGCCAGCGGCUGCGCACCGAGUACGUAACCCAAUGCCUGGCUCGGUCUGCAUCCGGUGACUGUCACCUUGCCCGCUGCCACCGCGCCCUGCGCCGCUUCUUCUCCCGCGGGCCGCUCGCGCUCACCCACGCGCUGCUCUUCUGCCAGUGCACUGGCACCGAGUGCGCCGAGCGCCGGCGCCAGACCUUCGUGCCAGCCUGCGCCUUCGUCGGGUCCAACCCAUCGCCGCCCUCCUGCCUGGAGAUCUUGGAGACCUGCGAACUCAGCCCAGUCUGCAGACCUCGCCUCCUUGCCUUCCAAGCCUCCUGCGCCCCAGCCCCAGAUGUCUGCCUGCAAGACCAGGGCCCCCGCUGUCUGCGCGCCUACGCAGGCCUCGUGGGCACGGCUGUCACCCCAAACUACGUGGACAAUGCAAGCGCGCGCGUGGCGCCCUGGUGCGACUGUGGAGUCAGCGGGAACAGGCGCGAAGACUGCGAAAGUUUCCGGGGACUCUUUACAAGGAACCGCUGCUUGGAUGGUGCCAUUCAAGCCUUUGACAGCAGGUGGCCCUCAGUCCUGCAGAAACAGCUGGACUCCCAUCAGGAUCCGGGGUAUAGCCUCCUACAGACCUCCUCUGCCGACCAGUCCCUGGAGGGGAGCUCCCUGCUGGCCAGUCUCUCUGUCCUGGCUCUCAAGGCUCUGUUUUGACUAAGACCACACACCUGGG